AUGCCGUCACAGGAUGGACGCAUCGCCAUUGUGACAGGAGGCAACUCAGGUAUUGGUUUGGAGACUGUUCGGGCCCUUGCUGGGAAGGGAGCCACCGUGUACAUGGCUUCAAGAAAUGAAGCGAAAGCUCGGAAUGCACUUUCUAAACUGAAAUCUGAUACGGAGACGAGGAAGGGUCAUGUGGAUUUUCUCCCGCUCGAUCUUGGUAGUUUUGAAAGCAUUCAGAGAUGUGUGCAUCUAUUUCAGGAUAGACAAAGCCACCUAGACAUGCUAUUCAAUUGUGCGGCUAUUCUUGAUCCCAACUGUGGUCAAACUAGCGAAGGAUUCGAGCUUCAUUUUGGCGUGAACGUUGUGGGUCCGUAUUACCUGACGCGGUUGUUAAUUCCAUUCUUGAUCAAGUCAUUUCAACUCAAUCCCAUGCGCCCUCCGCGUGUCUGUUUUACCAGCUCAAUGCAGCACUUGUAUGCUACGAGCAAAGGCUUUGAUCCCAGUGACCCGUCUGGAGAAAAGGGCUUUCAUGUACUGCCGAAGUUCAUUCAAGCUUAUAACAACAGCAAGAUGGCUGUGAUUCUGAUUGCGAACAAGUUGAAUAGCGAAUAUUGUGGUGACGGAAUCAUUUUCAGCUCCUGCAAUCCAGGCAAUGUCAAGACAGACCUGUCACGCCACAUUGUAAAUCUAUCAAAUGUUUGGAUCGGCAACCUUCUUGGACCGCGCGUGUUGUAUCCACCUGAAAUGGGUGCGCUGACGCAACUGUACGCGUGUACUUCGUUAGAAGCAGGAGAGGGAGGUGCGUACUAUGUGCCGUGGGCUCGUCGGGGCGAGCCUAGCCCUAUCGCCAAAGAUCCAAAAGUACAGGACUCUUGUAUGUAUACGUGUGACUCACCAUGCCCAGUGAUUCGCUUCUUGGAUCAAUUGAUUGCACUACGCACUGGACAAGUCGUAUAG